AGUGCGUCAUCCAGGCUUCUUUACAUUUAUGCGCUCGUGCUGUUGAUGGAGGAAAGUUGCAGCUCGCAGUCAGAUCCGCCUGUUUCUCUUCCGAUUCUACAGGUAUCGGGCAUGAAAAAACAAGACACCGAAGAGUCUCCGUCCCUGGACAUUGAGGACACUUCAGCUUCAAUAAGAGGGACAGAGUCACCUGCACCCACACAGGCCUGUGUGGACAGCAGCAGCCCCAAAGAGUCGGACCCGCUUACACCCCCACAAAGUGACGAGGUCAAAAGUGAAAAUGCAUCAUUAUCCCAGUGUGACAUGGCAGAUGAGCUGAGCCGGCAGCUGGAGGACAUCCUCAGCACCUACUGCCGUGAGACCAUUUCAGACGAUGGGGGCGCCUUCUCCAAUGGCCAGUCAUAUAGCCCGGAACUCAACGGCCUGACAAACGAGAGGGAGGAUGGCAAAGCAAACGGGGCGGACAGAGGGGGGGAGAAAGAGCAGAGGAAGACUCAUGACAAGAAGAAAGUGAAGGGUCUUGGUAAAGAGAUCACCCUUCUCAUGCAGACUCUCAACAUACUCAGCACUCCCGAGGAAAAGCUUGCUGGUCUCUGUAAGAAGUACGCUGAGCUGCUGGAAGAGCACCGUAACACCCAGAAACAGAUGAAGGUGCUGCAGAAGAAGCAGAGCCAGCUGGUCCAGGAGAAGGACAGCCUGAGGAAUGAACACAGCAAGGCCAUCCUGGCUCGCAGCAAGCUGGAGUCUCUCUGCAGGGAACUUCAGAGACACAACCGCACACUCAAGGAAGAAGGAGUGCAAAGAACCCGGCUGGAGGAGGAGAAAAGGAAGGAGGUGACCUCCCACUUCCAGGCGACCCUGAACGACAUCCAGGCUCAGAUGGAGCAGCACAACGAGAGGAACGCCAGCCUCCGACAGGAGAACGCCGAGCUGGCUGAGAAACUCAAGAAGCUCUAUGAGCAGUACAAGCUCCGGGAGGAGCACAUCGACAAAGUGGUGAAGCACAAAGACCUGCAGCAGCAGCUGGUGGACGCGAAGCUUCACCAGGCUCAGGAGCUGCUGCAGGAGUCGGAGGAGCGCCACGACAGAGAGAAAGACUUUCUGCUGAAGGAGGCAGUGGAAUCCCAGAGGAUGUGCGAGCUGAUGAAGCAGCAGGAAGUUCACCUCAAGCAGCAGCUGUCGCUGUACACUGAGAAGUUUGAAGAGUUUCAGACCACUUUGUCCAAGAGCAACGAAGUCUUCACCACCUUCAAACAGGAGAUGGAGAAGAUGACUAAAAAGAUCAAGAAGCUGGAGAAGGAGACGGCCAUGUACCGCUCGAGGUGGGAGAGCAGCAACAAGGCCCUUCUGGAGAUGGCUGAGGAGAAAGCCAUGCGGGAUCGCGACUUUGAGGCACUACAGGGAAAAGUCCAGCGGCUGGAGAAAUUGCGGCGGGCGCUGAAAGUGGAACGCAACGAGCUCAGCAAUAAGGUCCAGAACCUCAGCGGUCAGCACGGUGACGUCCAUGCAGCCCAGAACCCGGACCCAGGCUCCCAAUCACCCUCUCCGCCCCCCACAGACUCGCUGCUGGAGCCCAGCUCAGACUGCGGCAGCCUUCCCACCACGGAUCAACUUCCCUGCUCCCAGUCCUGCCACUGUGACCCAGAACUGGACUCCGAUACUGGACUAGAAGAGGGCGGGCCUCAGCCUGUAGCGGCACAUGAUUAAAGCUUCUGACUGAGGACAGAACUGCUGCAUUGAGUCUCUGCAUUGAAACUCACCGACCUGUGAAACGUGUUUCCUCUGAAUGAAGCUGAUCCCAGUCUGAGGUCCAGAAGAGCUUCAGCAUGUGUCCAGUACGUUUGUGCGCACGCUAACCCCGUUACUGUCAUUAGAACACUUCCAUAGUUCACAGGAACCCUGGGAUUAAAAAAUAAAAAUAAAUUAACUGGAUUUUUCUUGUUCCAUGUCAAUGAAAGAGUAUUCCAGUCACAUGAAGCAGUUUGUGUUUAGUGCGAAGAAUCCUACAAAAAACCGUGCAGUCAUCUGUAAUAGUUAUUAGUGUGCGUUUAGACGUACUGAGUGAGCGUCUCAGGUGUUGGAGUUCACGUUUGGUUUGACGUGCACUGAACACCUCAGUCGUUCCACACGGAAUCUGUUGCUGAGAGCAUCUCAACUGAAUGUUUGGAAACUGUUCGAUUCACUUCUCAAAAAUACAGUUCCACAUAGAGUUUUUUCUUUAUUCUGGUUAAAGUAAUGAUUAUUAAAAUAAUUCUUUUCCCUGCACAUCCCUGACAUGUCUGAACAGCUUUACUUUUUCUUUCCACAGUUUGUAGAAAUAUGACACCGCUCUGAUUGAU